AAACCCUAUUUCUUCGUUUAGGCGGCGUAAACCGUUGGGGAAUUCCCUCCGCCGCGGGUGCCGUUCUGUAGAAAUGAACGGAGAAGCUGAGCAAAAACCAGAGGCUCGGCGACUCCGAGAACUGGCUGAGACGAAGUUCAGAGAUUCCAAUCUCAAAUCUGCUCUCAAAUACGCCAAACGAGCCCACCGCCUCGAUCCAAACCUCGACGGCGCCGCUGAAAUCCUCACCUCCCUUCAGAUUCUCCGACUCGCCGCCGGCUCUCCAGAUGAAUGGUACGGGAUUCUUCAGGUGGAGCCCUUCGCUCACAUCAACACAAUAAAAAAACAGUACAGGAAGCUGGCUCUGCUUCUGCAUCCCGAUAAGAAUCCCUAUGCCGGUUCCGAGGAGGCGUUCAAGCUCGUCAACGAGGCGUUUCGCUUUCUGUCCGACAAGGUUAGAAGGAAGGAGUACGAUUUGAAGCUCCGGAUACGGAUUCAGGACGAGAAGAUUGGAGAUGCAGAUGCGGAGGUUGCUACGGAGAGCGAAACGUUUUGGACUGCUUGCUCGACUUGCCAAUUGUUGCACCAGUUUGAGAAAAGGUACGUAGGCUAUAACUUGGUGUGUCCUAGUUGUAGAAAGAGCUUUAAGGCCGUUGAGGUCGUGCAUAAUGAACCUGAAAUUGUGGAAAAUGGACACAUGGUUAGGGGUAGAAGGUUGAGGAAUUUGAGUUCUAGGCAAAAUUCUGGUAGUUUUCAGGGAUUAGAACCACCUAGCUCGAGAAAAAAAAUGAGUACCACUCAAUCGAAGAGAAAUUCUUCAGUGAAGAAAACUAGCGGUGAGAAGGAGAAGGGUAUGGAAAUGAAUGGAAAAGCUGUUUCUGUAGAAGAUGAACUUAGAAAUGGAGACUUGGAGGAAGAACAUGAUAGUGAUGAUGAGAUAUGGAGUAGAAGAAGAUUAAGAAGUGGGAGUAUGAGGAAGAAGAUGAGUAGUGUUGAUGAGGUUUUGGAGAGGUCGAAGUUGAAGCCUGUAAAAAUGGAGGAAGAAAUGAUGACUUUGGCUGAAUUACAGUCUCAGGUGAUUCGGAAAGCUCGAAAAGAGAAGAUGAAACUGAAGUUAAAGGAGGAGGAGGAAGCAGAGGAAAGAGAGAAUAAGAGGAAGAAGGGCGUUGAGGAUGGCGACGACAACGACGAUGACGAGAGACUAACCUUGAAAGAGAUGGAGGGUCUACUACGGAUUCGUCAGCAAGAAGCAUCGAAGAGGGCCGGGUUCCCGAGAAACGAAAAACAAAGGAACUUGAAGAGGGAUGUGAAUCUGGAAAUUAAGAAGCAAGGAUCUUCUUGUGAUUUGGAUAUGAUGGUGGAAGAUUCAGAUUUUUAUGAUUUUGACAAGGAUAGAAUGGAGAGAAGUUUGAAGAAAGGGCAAGUUUGGGCUAUAUACGACGACGACGAUGGAAUGCCGAGGCAUUACGGGUUGAUCGAAGCAGUUACUGUAAACCCAUUUGAGGUGAAAAUGAGUUGGUUGGAUGUUCAAAACAAUGGGGAAGAAAGGCUACUUUCUUGGGAGAAAUUGGGAUUUCAUGUUUCUUGUGGUAGAUUUAAGGUCUCUAAGAAAACAACCAUUGAUUCAUUGAACAUUUUUUCUCAUGUUGUGGAUUGUGAAAGAGCAGCAAAGGAAGUCUACAGGAUUUAUCCCAAAAAGGGUUCAGUUUGGGCACUUUACAAAGAACAAGAAGCUCUGGAUGCUGAGAAGAAACGAAACGUUUCGAGUACAAAGAAGCGAACUUACGACAUCGCGGUGUUUCUAACAACUUAUAGUGAGAUGCACGGUUUAAGUAUGGCUUAUCUCGAGAAAGUUGAUGGAUACAAGACGAUAUUCAAGAGAAGGGAGAUUGGUUAUCAUGCUAUUAGAUGGUUCGGGAAGGACGAUAUUCAGUUAUUUUCGCAUCAAAUUCCCGCUCGGAAGCUUUCUGUAGAUGAGGAACUUGGGCAUCUGAAGGACUGUUGGGAGCUUGAUCCAGCAUCUCUUCCUUCAGAUUUGGUAACCACCUGCAAGAGCAGAUAGCAUCUGAGUGCAAAACUCCCUUGCUGUUCGUCGACGGUAUUCGGGCGAUCUAAUUAUCGGGUAUGUACUUGCUAACCAUGUAGGUUAGCAUAAGAGAGGCAUUGUAGUGUAUAGAUCAAGGCACAAUAUCUUCUAGCCAUAACCAUACUCUUCAUAAAUCUAAUAUUGUUCGCCUAAGUAUUUAUGGGUC